AUGAACUUGUAAAUUUAAAAAACAUUCCAAUAAGAAAUUAUGUAAAUAAAAUUAAAUAAUUUUCAGUAACACGAAAUUGUUAUCCAAGAUUAUUUAAAAUAUGAUAUUUUUCCAAAAAUAAAAAAAAAGAUAAAAUAAUUACUAUCUUUUACAGAAGAUGAUAAAUAAUUAUUCUAAUCAAUCUAGUUUGAAUAAGAAUUAACUUUAUCUAAAUUGUUUUAAUUUAAUCCCUCUCUUUCUCUUUCUAUUUUUCUUUCUGAAUGUGAUGAAAUUUCCAACAUCAUAAACUUUAUCAAAUACUAUUGCAAUUGGUAAAUGAUUUAUGUUAUCAUAAUUAAAAAAUGUUGGACAAAUUGUUUUUAUUUUGUAGAUGAAAUUAGACAUUUUUAUCAUAAGAAUUCAGUAAUAAAAAAUUUAAUAGAUGAAUUUAUUAAAAAAGAUGAAAUAGAUAAAAAAUUUUAAAUUUUAAUGACAUUCGAUUAACCUAUUUACAACUCAUUAAAUGAAUUACAAAUUGAUUGUAUUAAUCUUCUCCAAAAUAAAAAAAAAAAAAAAAAUAUUAUACGGAAUGAUUUCCAGUAUUUCCCCAAUUAUUUAUUUGAAUAUUAGAGACAAAAUAAGAAAUGA